AAGCAAAGAUCUGUUUCAUAACAAUCGUCGGUCCGGCGCCGCAAGUUCCACAACAUUUUUAUGCUGCUCGCAGCAUCGUUUCUGCUCCGGAAAAAAGUGCAAAUUAUCUGUUGUUCUUCAAAUUGAUAGUGUUAAGGUUAAAUUUUAGUCAUAAUGAGCGGUCAAAUGAUGCGGCUUGCCGGGAAGCGAUACAUUUCGAUCUUGAGUCGAGUUUGGUCAGGAACAAACGGAGCAGCCAAAAAUUCAGAAGAUGCCCUCCGAAAAACACUUCAGAACAAAUUUCCGCAGGCCAAAAGCGUGAUGGUGAACGAUAUCUCCGGUGGCUGUGGCUCAAUGUACGAAAUCUACGUAGAGGCCAUCGAGUUCAAGGGGCUGUCUACAGUGAAGCAACACCGGCUGAUAACGGAAACCCUAAAAAGCGAAAUCAAAGACAUGCACGGCCUCAGGAUACAUACGGCAGUGCCGCCCAGUGAGUGAACCGAAACGGCGUAGAAGAUUGUAAAACAACCAAUAAACGUUAUACUGUGAUCCCCCCAAAA